AUGUCAGGAUCCCAAAGGCCGCCCAAUGGAGGGCGACUACAGACUGCGCAGACGACUGCCACACAAAACGCGUACAAUAAUGAUAACUAUACGCUGGCGGGGCCUCCUCACCCGGGGUAUGAUCCUUCCAGUACCUACUUCGACGAGGGAUAUCGCGAAGCCAAUCCAUGGAUGGAAACCGAUCGUGAUGAAGGAUCUUUUAGUCUGGCGAGGACUUUCCCGCAUACGGUGCGCUGGAAAGGGAAGAAACCGGGUGCGUCGGGAAAUGCGGAACAAAUUGCUGAGGACGGCGAGAAGGGAGAGGCGGAGACUGCACCACAGGUUCCUGAGGCUCGAGGGCAAGGUAUAGAACGGGAGCAGAGAGAAGCGAUUGCGCAAGACCAGAAGCGGGAUCAACGAUCUCGCCAGCAAGCGGCCCAAACGCUCGCAGAAGAAGAUGAAGAAGAAGAGAAAUGUGAGCUUGCUUGCCUGCCACUGAACAGUGUCAUAACGGCUAACAGCAUUCCAGACGACUCGCAAAGCACAACACCCGUCGACAGUCCUCCGCAGAGACCUACACCCAUACGGACAGGAACAUCACAUCGUCCAUCCUAUCGCAGCUACGAACCAGGAAAACUCGAAAGGAUCCCCGGCGGCAGAUCGAUCAAAUCUGUCGCGGAGAGAGGCCGUUCCAAACUCGACCCGAACGACGAUCAACUUAACACCUGGUCCGCUAUCCGUCAGCGCUGCCAACGUCCUCUAGCCGAAUGGCUCGGAACCACCAUCCUCAUCUUCAUCGGCAUCUGCAGCAACCUCUCCGUCAUCACCUCUAACGAACAAACCGGCUCUUUCCAAUCGAUGUACUGGUGCUGGGGCUUCGCCGUCAUGCUCGCAAUCUACAUCGCCGGCGGCGGCUCCGGAGCCUUCCUCAAUCCCGCCCUCACCAUCAUGCUAAGCGUCUUCCGAGGUUUCCCCGCCAAACGCGUCCCCGUCUACAUCCUCGCCCAACUGCUAGGAGCCUUCACCGGCGCUCUGUUGGCAUUCGCCGUCUACCGCGACAACAUUUUCCACUUCGAAGGGGGCUUGAAUCCGGAUUCCACGGGUGCGUACGUGUACACUCAACCGAAGGAUUGGGUGAGCAACAGCACGGCCUUCUUCACGGAAAUGUUGGGCACCGCAAUUGUGGGCUGUUCGAUCCUGGCGCUGGGAGACUCGCAUAAUAGUCCUCCCGGAGCGGGUAUGCAUGCCUUCAUCAUCGGCCUGCUGACCACCACCGUGACCAUGGCUCUGGGCUACAGCACUGGCGGCUGUUUCAAUCCCGUCCGCGACCUGGGACCGAGACUGGCUUCGAUCGCAGUGGGAUAUCCCCUUUCUGCCUUCACCGCGCGCCAGAAUUGGUGGAUCUGGGGCCCUUGGUGCGCGACGGUCACGGGGGCAUUGCUGGGCGCGUUGGUGUACGAUCUGUGUAUCUUCAAAGGGGGCGAGUCGCCUGUCAAUUACACGUUCCGUGCCUGGAAAUUGCGAAGUCUGGAAGAAGAGAGGGGCAUGGCGGAUGUCCUCGGUUUGCAUAAGAAAGCAGCGGAUAUCGAUCGGAGGUUGGAAGACGGGACCAUGCGGAGCAGGUAA